AUGCUUUUUGUCCGGCCUCUUGCAGCGAUCCAAACCAGUCCUCCGAAGAAGAAGAAGAAGCGUUUGCCCUGGCUCUACCGGCUGGUCAACUAUGCUCUGGCGCCUUUUAUCCUCUCAAAGUGGGUUCGACCUACCCUAUUUAUCGCCUUUCUCGGUUGGAUUUGCUUCUGUAUCGCCAUUAUCCCGGACGGCCUUAUAAUCGGGCUUGACCAGGAACUGUCAAUGCCGCUUGACUCCUAUGUUCUGUCCUAUUUCAAGGACGUAGCCCAACUACUAGCUGUUGGUCCUCCUGUCUACUUCGUUGUGACCGAGGGCCAUGCCUAUGAUACCUUGACUGGACAAAAUCAAAUUUGCGGCGCUAAAGACUGUUAUAACAAUUCUCUUGUGAAAACAUUGAAGACACGCAUCGCUGAGGGUGAUAGGCAAGUAUCUUCGAUGGUUUAUAUUUUCUUAAAUCAGUGGCUUUUCUCUUUACAGGAUAACAUUCAGCUUGUCUUUCCUAUAAAUGUUGAAUUUUGGUUUAUAGCCUGUGGCAUUUAUCCUGGGAAAGCGCAGUUUGGGAAUGCCAUCGCGCUGGCAGACAGCGCAAACGGCCAAUCGAAGAGGGUGCUAUCUUCGCACUUCAUGGUGCAUCACUCGGUGUUGAAGACCACAGAGGACUUUAUUGAUGCCAUUCGAAAGGCUCGCGAAAUUUCCGAUGCCUUCGGUGCCCAGUGGGCCAAAGAGGACGGUCGCAGUGCACCCCCUCUGACGUUCGCACCUCAGCCAAACACGGUCUUUCCCUACAGCAUAUUCUACGUAUACUAUGAACAGUACCUAACAGUGGCAAAAGAGACCCUUGUACAAUUGAGUUUGAGCAUUGCGGCUGUGACUGUCAUCACUUGGAUCCUGUUAGGUCUGGACGUGGUCGCAACUCUAAACACAAUCAUCGGAGUAGCCGCCAUUCUC